AUGAUGAUGAUGAUGAUGAACAGUGCUGGGAAGGCUGUAACAGGUCUCCCGGAUCUGGUGGUGGAUCCAUACAUGAUCCAGGUGUCCACGUAUGUCCAGAGAGUGCCCAUGUACAACCUCAGGUGCGCCGCGGAGGAGAACUGCUUGGCCAGUUCGGCUGCAAACGCACAAGAUUACGACACCAGGGUCCUGCUGAGGUUCCCACAGCGCGUGAAGAAUCAAGGAACCGCAGACUUUCUGCCCAGCAAACCGAGAUACGCCUGGGAAUGGCACAGCUGUCACAAUCACUAUCACAGCAUGAGUGAGUUCUGUCAUUACGACCUGCUGGACUCGAGCUCACAGCAGCGCGUCGCCGAGGGUCAUAAAGCCAGUUUCUGUCUGGAGGACACGUCCUGCGACCCCGGAUACUACCGCCGCUACGCUUGCACGUCGCACACGCAGGGUUUGAGUCCCGGAUGUUAUGACACCUACAGCGCAGACAUCGACUGUCAGUGGAUCGAUAUCACAGACGUCCAGCCGGGACGCUACACGCUGAAGGUUACAGUAAACCCAGGCUUCCAGGUGUCAGAGUCGGACUUCAGCAAUAACGUAGUUCGCUGCGACGUCCACUACACCGGAAACUACGCGCAUGUGUCCGGCUGCAGCAUGACGUCACACUAGGAUGAGAGACACCAGGAGCGGCAAACAUCACUGCUGAUGAUCGCAGACCAGCUGUGUUUACUGUGCAGAAAUAAAGCUAAUAUCUGCAUAUCUGUAAAAAUAAUAAUGCAGAAUUAUGACAGGAACCGAUCUGAACCGAUGCAUCUACCCAGCUAACAAAAACAUGUUCUGAGAAUGUUUCCUAACAUUGCCAUUAAAACAUUAUUCCAAAGUGUUUUUUAAAUAUACGAAACAUCCAGUAUUACAACGUUUCUUCUUGGUUGCGCAAACAUUAGUGAAACGUUCCAUUCUAACAUUUUAAAAACCUUAUGAGAACGUUACAUUUGAAUGUUUCUCUCAGUGUUUAAAACGUCUAUUUUUAUAUUUAAAAAACGUUUUUUCUUGGUUAUGUGAAUGUUAGAAAAACAUAAUUUUGAAAAAGUUAUGAAAGUAUAUCUAUGUUUAUAUAUUAAGAAUGUUUCUUCGAGGUUUUGUGAACAUUAGUGAAACGAUCCAUUCUAAAAACAUUUUGAGAACGUUACAUUUGAACGUUACAUUUAUCGUUUAAAUCAUCCAUUUUUUAAUAUUUAAAGAAUUUUUUUUUCUUGGUUAUUCAGAUAUUAGAGGAACACUCCAAUCUAUUGUUGUUACUGAAGAAAGUUACUGAACACAGUUCUGAGAACGUACAGAUAACAUUAUAAGAACGUUUUGAGAACAUUACUCUAAGAUUGUUUUCUCAGCAUUAAGAGAACGCAUAUUAAUGUUAUAAGAGCGUUCCAUAAACAUUAUUUUAAGAAUGAUUUGUUCUAACAUUCACAUAACCUUUAAAAAACAUUAUGGGAACGUUCUCUGUUAGCUGGGUAAUAGUUUCACAGCGAAGCCUUGCAGUAUUUUGUCUUUAUUAGUGUAAAAUAACGAUAAA